CUCCAAACCCCCUCCAAACCUCCAAACUAAAUCACUUUACCUCCUACCAUUCCUCCACAAUGCCCUCUCCCACCCCAACUCCCCGUACAGCCCUCGUCACCGGCGCCAACGGCUACAUCGGCAACGCCGUCUGCCGAGCCUUCGUCCGCGCCGGAUGGACCGUGUACGGCCUCACGCGCAAAACCGAAAGCAUUCCGUCACUCGCACGGGAGGAAAUAAUCCCCAUCCUCGGCUCCCCGGGUGACCUGGCCUUCCUUCCCACUUUGCUAUCGCAGCAAAAAGCCUUCGACGCGAUAAUCUCCACCACUGAAUCGCUCUACGACUACGAAUCGCACUUCGCCGAGAUCAUGGCGCUGCUGCACUCGCUGUCCUCAUCCAACAACGCAUCUGGAAUCCGCCCCCUCGUGCUCUUCACCUCCGGCUGCAAAGACUACGGGAUGACGGCGCGCGCAGACUCCCCGAACCUCGCACCUCACACGGAAUCGUCGCCGCUGAAUCCGCCCGACGUGCUGAGCCCGCGGACGUAUACGUCGCUGAAGGUGUUUGAUGACGAGCACAAGGCAGCAUUCGAUGCUGUUUUGCUGAGGCCGACGACGGUCUUCGGACGGAGUGGGAGCUUCUAUGGGCCUUUUUUCGACAUGGCGCAGGCAGCGAAAGAGGGCGAUGGAGUGUUGAGGCUACCUGCGCACCGAGAGAGUGUCGUGCAUGGGACGCAUGUAGAUGAUUGUGCGGAUGCAUAUGUGGCGAUUGCAGAGCGCGAUCGGACCGUUGUGGCUGGGCAGAUCUAUAAUAUAUCGGGGUGGAGGUAUGAGACGCUCGCUGAGGUCGGGGAGGCGUUGGUGCAGGAGUAUGGGCUGCAGGGGGUGGUGUAUGAACCGCCGGCGACAGAGGGAUUCGUGGGAUUUGAUGUCAUUGGGGUUUUGACGGGGUUUUCGCAGUGGGUGGGAAGCGAGAAAGUGAGGAACGAUGUUGGGUGGAGGGAUAAGAGGCAGUUGUUUUCGGUGGGGAUUAAAGGGUAUAGAAUUGCGUAUGAGCAGGCGGUUAGGGAGGGGCAUAGCAAUGUGUUGAGGGUCAAGGGAUACGUUCAGGCAUAUCAGAGUACGAAGACAGACUAGGUGACUAUAGUUAUAUAAAUUCAAAGCUGUUC